UCUUGAUUGUCGCACUCCGAAUUUUCCAAGGAUGCGUGUAUCAAAUAUGCAGCGCGCAGUCACAUCGCGGUGCCUAGGCCCACCUGCACCUGCUACUCUAACAAAAACCGCAAAAAACACCGCAAAGAGCCACCUCAGUCCACCUGGAUGCCGCGGAUUCGUCACCUACAACACCAGCAUCAGAAACUGAUCUAAAGGCGAUCGAAGCCAUGCGUCUCUUACCUUGAGUUCACGGUUAAAGUGACUGUGGGGUCGUGUAGAUUCCUCAGUCACCGUUAGUUAUCUGUGUACUCGUCGUUCAUCAGCACCCCCUUCAAGAUAUAACCUCGCUCGAACUUUGGGCUGCUCCAUCCGCAACCAACUCGACGACUACACGGCACAGUCCACCGGACCUUCUGAUCGAACGGCAUCGACUGGAAGCAAGCACAGCAAGAUGGCACCCAUUCGCCCAAGUACUCCUCCACUUCGUGCCUCCACCAUGAAGCAGCGAGAUUCAUCAGCUCGGCCUCCUGCUACUCCCACUUCCAGCAGUAGCUUCGCGGGUGACAACUUCAAUAUGAUCUCACGUUCCGAACAUGCGACUGUUCCACCCUCUCCAAAUGCACUGCCCCCAUACACUGAAGCUCUUGCUAUGGAUCCAGCUCCUGAGCGCAAGGUGGCUGGCCACAAAAACAUUCGCAAGUCCAAUGCGCGCACCGGCGCAGGUGUCCAGAAGGCUGGCGGUCGUACACGCCCCAAGGCCUUCCGUUUCAUGGACCUUCCUGGAGAAAUCCGCAACCAGAUCUACAUGCAUACGCAGGAGGAGCCCAAACAAGCUCUCCUUGUCCAUCGGCCGCGUAUCGCCUCUCUGCGUCCUCGCACGCGUGCGGAUCGUGUGCGUACUCUGCCUUCAGAUAUCGCUGAACAAGAGUAUGACAAGGAUAUCUCGAAUGCCUGUAGCGACGGUCGUGAUUCCGGAAAGACCAACCCCACGCCCAGGAACUUCCCUCGCGAGACCAACCGUCCAUUCUGGGGCUUGACUCAGGUUUGCCGGCAGCUUAGGUAUGAGUACCGCCCGAUCUACAUGGCCAAGCAGGAGAUUGGAUUGGACUUGACUGCGAUUCUCCCCUAUCUCGAGAUCUUCUAUCCCUCUGCGCCUAUUGAGAUUGCGAAGCUGGCUGCAUCAGAGAGGCGCAAGUGCGACAUGCCGUUUGUUGGCAAUCUGACAAUCGCAGUCAGCGAUGUGCCAACCAAGUUGGAGCGCCGCUCUGAAGGUACUGAAUUGCUGCCGUUGCUUGAGAUUUGGGCAAACAGCAUCAAGAUGGAAGCGGGGUUUGGUCGCUACAUGAAGGAAGACUAUCACGCAGAGAUUGAUGGAGAGGCAAAGGAUCUCUACCGCCUCUUUGGCCGCCGGGUCCUCAGGAAUCGAUCUUGCGGUGCCAUGAACAACCUCUGGCGUAAAAUCCUGCGCAGCCGUUCUCUUGCGUCGGUCCGCAUCCAUCGCAAUCCGUCUAUGAUUUUGAGUGCUUCUACAUCGACUCUUUUCGUGCAGACUGGUGCCAUGGCGACUCCCCAGCUGGCCGCGUUCCCUAUCGUGCUCAAGCCAUAUAUCCAUUUGAUCUUCAAGAAGGAAGCAGCCGAAGCGUGGAUGACGGAUUUCGAGUCCAUGAUUCCGAAGCAGCCCGUGGACUGGCUGGCUCAGCGAGGCUUUGGGCACAUGGAGUACUUUGAUGUUAGGGUUGGGGUUGAGCAGACAUGUGCCAAGUGAAGGGUCCUGCCGCGCGUUCGCAUCAAGGUAGGGAUGGCGGGUGGCAUGCUGGGUUGAAGCGAUAUGAGAGGUAUCCUUGUCAAUUGAACGACUGUUCUGGACCGGGAUGCUUGGUUGAUUGGCCAGGGGCGGGUUACAUUUACGGAUGCAUACACG